AUGGUACACAAGCAGCCCCCACAAUUUGAGCCAUGCCUAGAAUACCUCUUCUCGGUGACACGGGCUGGAGGGCAUGGGACGGGCGAGCCCGGGGUACCAGGAAAGGUUCCGCGACAUUUGUUAUUGUUUAUGAAGCCCAGGCAGGGACCGGGAUCGGGGAGCUCGGGGGCCGAGGAGUGGAAGAGCAGAGAAGCACAAAGAUUCCUCUUCGGGCACAGGGCUACCCUCCGGACACACGGGGCUAGUAUCACCUCGGGGAGCAAGAGGGCGGGCCAAGGCCGUCGCUGGGGCUUCACUGGAGACACUGCCAGCCCCGACAUUAGCCGAGUCGUCCCUGGACACCCAAAGACACAUAAUAUCUCCUCCUGCCCCUACUCGCAGAGUUGGGGCCGGCGCUGCGAGGGGGGGCCCCAAGCGCGGCCGCCGCGCGCCGCAUCCGCGUACUCACCUGCCUCCGGUCGCGCCCGCGGCCGGCUCAGCCUCCGCACGGACCGCAGCCGGCCCGGGGCCCGUCCGCUCCCUUUUGCCCGCUCCGCCCUCGCCCCGCCCCCGGGAGGUGGAACCCGCGGCCGCGCCGGAAUCUCGGGGCGGCCUUCCUGA